AUGUCUGCUGGCAUCAUGCAGCAUGAAUCGGAAGCAGUCCGUAUCCAAGUUGUAUACGAAGAUCAACAACAUGUGGAAAUACGAGCGUUUGCUGUUGAUCCAUCGAUUACAUCGUAUAAUAACCUCAAAUUUCUCUUGAUGGGCGCUUUCAAGCUGCAAUGCAUCUUUGCUAUCACUUACCUAUCACGUAGUGCUACAAGUCUCGAUAGUCAAAUUUACCUGGCGCUUAAUUCCGAUUGGGACUUAGACGAGGCUUUCCAAAAUGCCUCAGAUCCGAUAUUACAGUUAAGAGUCACUAAAAUAAAACUUGAAGACGAUGAAAUUAAUCUUGAGGACGACAUAGUACAACGUGGAAUUCCAUCAGUGAACAAUAAAAUCGUUACUAAAACAACUAAAACAAAAGCUAUAUCAAAACAUAUUUCAGUCCCAUUUAAACAUACCAUUAAAAAUCAUAUUAGUAAGAGAUGGUCAAGGUUAACUUCAGCAUUCAACGAUUCUAUUCGCCAUUCUCCAGUUACUAUGGCCGAAUGGCAGGCCUUUCUUGAUGAGGAAGGACAGUUAUUACGGUCACGAGCUGAAGACCUAAGAAUGCGCGUAUUCAAUGGAGGAGUAGAGCCCAAUGCUAGACAAAUUAUAUGGCCUCACUUAUUAAGUGUAUUUCCAGCUGAAAUGACCGAAGAUGAUCGUUCGACUUAUUUAGUAGUUAAGGGGAGAGAAUAUGCAAGGAUGAAGCUGAGGUGGCAAGGUUUACCUCCAGAGAAAACAGCGGAUAUCACGAGUAUGAUCAUGAAAGAUGUUUUGCGAACAGAUCGCUCUUAUCCUUACUUUGCUGUUGAGAGUAAUCAUCCUAACCUACUAAAAUUAUUUAACAUCCUGGCAACAUACGCAUUUACCUAUCCAGAAAUUUCAUAUUGUCAGGGUAUGAGUGAUCUCGCUGCCCCAUUGUUAGUUACUAUGACUGACGAAGCUACUACGUUUUGGUGUUUCAACGCGCUCAUGUCAAGAAUGAAAGUUAACUUCUCAUCAGAUGGUUCUGCUAUGAUGACUAAAUUUGAGCACCUAUCGCAAUUGCUGGACAGAUGGGACCCAGAAUUUUGCAAGUAUCUUAAAGAUUGUGGUGCUGGAGACAUGUUUUUUUGCUAUCGUUGGAUAUUAUUAGAUUUAAAACGUGAAUUUUCGUUCAAUGACGCCUUAAGAUUAUAUGAAAUUAUUUGGUCUACACUUCCACAUAAUUCACUAGGAGGGCUGCCCAGGCCACUUUCGGCACCUAGGUUAAAUCGAUCAUGUAGCAAUCCGGGAACUCUAGAUAGCAAAUCUGAUGCCAAUUGUAAUGACAACAGUGAAGCACCAGCAACUUAUUAUAGCCACUAUGGUUACGGUAGUCCUUUUGUCUUAUUCUUGUGUCUGUCUAUACUUUUACAACAUCGUGAUCACAUCAUGCGUAACCAGAUGGAUCAUAAUACCAUGGCGAUGUACUUUGACCGGCUAGUGAGGAAGCACGACCUUAACAAAGUUGUAAUUAAAGCUCGGUUGCUAUUUUCUGACUUUUUACGAACUGAGCUCGCUCCUGAAAGUGAUCCAGAAACAGCGACUCCUGGGGAUUAUGAAGGUGUUGACUCCAGUAUAAGCUGUUAA